GCGACGUCAGUAUCCCGGAGAUGUGUCAACGUAAACUGUAAACCCCCCUCCCUCACAAAGUAGGCGACUGGCCCUUUAAGGGUUAUGUAGCCGGGCUAGCCGAUGUAGGACGAGCCGACCGUGCGUCUGCCUGCCUGCGCUCCCGCUGCCAUCCCCAUCAUGGCCUCCACACAGCCGCCACCGACGCCACCGAGGAUGAACCGACCUGUCAGCGGCCCUUCCCUUCCCGCAGCGGAGACGGACGUCAAGCCGAAGCAGAGGCACCGGUAGAGGCGAGCCGCGCCGGGGAGAGCCGCCUCACAUCCCAUGCCACCCCGGUCUCCUCCAUGCCUUCGUCUACAGCCAAGUACAGCUAUUCGAUAAAGAGGGGUGCGAACCCGGGCGGCGGCAGCGGCGGCGGCAGAAACAUGACAACGAACAGGGAUUAUUCUGUUAAUCUGUCGGUGCAGCAAGUGCUGAGCCUUUGGGUGCAAGGCACGACGCUGCAGCACUUCACAGAGAUGUGGUACUGGGUGUUCCUCUGGUGUCUCUUCUCCUCGCUCUUUGUCCACGGGGCGGUCGGCCUGCUCAUGUUGGUCAUGCUGCAGCGCCACAAGUGGGGCCGCCUAAUCACGCUGGUGCUGGUCAGCGUGGGUUUCCUGGCCUCACUUUCCGGAGGCGUCAUCACCAGCGCAGCGGUGGCGGGGGUGUACCGCGUAGCAGGGAAGGACAUGGCACCGCUGGAGGCUUUAGUGUUCGGCGUGGGCCAGACCACCCUCUCCGUCAUCAUCUCCUUCUCACGAAUCCUCGCCACCCUGUGAAGAAACCCGCUCGAGGAGAUGAAGGACAUACGCUGAGACCAGAGCGAGAGAAUCGAGCCGAUCAGAGACUUCUAGAUGCUCAAAAGUGGCCGAGUUUAUGGAAGGCAGAAAUGGCUCUCUGGACCUUUUGGCGUGGAUGCAGGAGAGAGAAAGACAGAGGGCCAACCAGUGUUUGUGCUCUAUUACUGCCACAAUCACAGAGGAAACCGGGCGUCUUCGUGCCCGGCAGAAAUGGCACCGUGCUCAGCUUCUGAACUUGAAAGCCAUGUUUCAGGUGUUUGAGAGCUUCAUCACUUUUUUGUGCCAACAGCCUUCUCUGGACAUCCAGACGCCUUUGUGGCCACUGACUCUUGAAGGCUUUCUGUUGCACUUGUUGGGGAAAAAAAGCGGCGAAGUGACGACCUGUAAUGAUGGUCUGAUGACCAAUUAAGAUGAUCCGCAGAGGAACAAAUGUCAGGCGAUGAGGAGUUUUCAGGAACAUUGUUCAUCAGCAGAAACACAGUGUUUCCUCAGUGUUAAUCAUCAGCCUCACCUCUUAUUCUCCAGUGUUCAAGAUUAAAAUGAUCAUUCCUUCCCCUUAAUAGUUUAAAAGCUGCACCAUCGACCUCACGAGCGAGAUGCAGCUUUGAAUUUUGCACUUUGUAAACGUGGAGAAGCUCUUUGCCUAAGAGGUGUGAAAUCAUGAGGAGAAAACCAGCAUCAGCGCUACGUUUGGUUUGUUGUAUAGGAAUAUUCAUUCAUUGAGUGCCAACAAGAGCUCCGAUAGGAUUUAAAGGAAUAUUUGACAUGAGGAAAAUAAGUUUGUUUGUGAUUAAUGCUGAGAGUUUGCUAAGAGGAGGCCACUUUUAUGUCUGCACAGUAAACAUGACGCUACAGCCAUGAGACAGCUUAGCAUAAUCUGAAUACCAGCAGCCUGAAGGCUCACUUUUGAACACUUUAUAAAUGUUUGUUUGGUCUAAAGAAACAUCAAUUUGCAGUUUAAUAGAGGGGCAUCGUGCCUGACUGUUUAUUGGCAGUAAGGAGGUCAGGAGUCGCUAGCAAAGAAAAUGAGCAAAGCAAAGAAAUAGUUCCAAUAACUCCCCCAAAAGAAGCAAUUUUAAAAAAUUUUUGGGGCUUUCGUGCCUUUACUUUUUAUGUAUUUAAUUGAGGGAUAGGACAGUGGAUAGAGUGGAAACUGGAGAGAGAGAAAAUGGAGCACAUGCCACAGGAAGCCACAAGCUGAAACUGAAACAAUCCCACUCACUUGAGUUCAACAGCCUCUGCACAGACACUACCACAAAGCAGCCAGCAGCCCAGUAACAUUAUUUUUCAAUUCAAACUGAGGUAUAUAUUGAACCAAAAUUUACUUUACCACUACGCCCCCAGAAAACACAGGCAGGCACCCAUAUACAGAGGCUACAGUCCUGAACUCAGUGGCCACAGGAUUGAUUCCUGAUUUGGCGCUGUUUGGUGUAUGUCUUCCCCCAACUCUCUCCCCCCAUAUUACCUGUCUCUCUUCAGCUGUCCUAUUUAAGUAAAGGUAAAAAAGCCCCAAAAUAAUCUUAAGAAAAUAAAUGAAAGAACUUCUGUGAAAAUGAGUGCUUCCUAGAGUCCGUGGAAUGGGAUACAAGCAGUUUUAGAAGAGACCAGAAAAAAACUCCAAGGCACUCUUUUUAGAUAAUUAAAAUUCCUUUAUUUUCAUUGCAUGGUAAUGUAGACCUUACAAACAGACUCUGACACAUCUCGGCAUUAAGCCUUCUUCAGGAAGUCCAAAAAAAAAACAUGAAGGAGUGUCACAAACAUGUCCUGUUGAAGGCUUGAUGUUGUGUGUUUUUGUGUCAAUGUCUCAGUAAAUGUGUCGAUGUGUUUGCAUUUAUCAUGCACAUAUCAGCUUGUGGUUGUACGUGAUAACAACCAGUCCACCUUUGGAGCCCGUAAAGUGUAGGCAUGAUCAACCAUGGGAACAGCAAAGGACCUCUGGGGCUUGAACAGAAAGGCCUGUUCUCCUUUGGGGCCCUGAUAGUGACACCUUUAAUCACAAGGUUAGAUUCUGGCCAGAGGACCUCAAACCAUGCUUGUGUGCAUAAAAAGGUGCAAUGACCUUUAAAAGUCUAUUCUCAAAGUAACUGGUAACCAGUAAAGAUCAGCAAGAAAAGGGGUGACGUGCUCAAAACUGAUAAAACAACUUGAAAGCCUUGAAGCUGCAUUUUGAAGCUACAUCUCAUUUUUCUAUGAGAUGUAGUUUGUGAAUUUUUCCCAUACUGUUUCCAGAGUACAGAAUGUCAGAAUAAUGGAGUCUGGGCUGAACAAAACAAUAUUUCUCCUGUUUUUAAAACAUUAUUUCAAUGCAAUCCAAUGCAAUUAUUUUGAUUUUGCUACCUUUAGGCAGAACCACCCUCUGUCAACCCAUCCUCCUUUCCUUUGUGUUUCACCAAGCUAACGUCCUCCUGGUUGAUUUUUUUUUUUUUUUUACUGUACAGACACAAAAGUAGCAUUAGUCUUCUCAGCUAACCCUCCACCUUAAAGCAAACAAGCUAAUUUACUAGAGUAUUUAAAUGAGACAGAAAAAGGCCUUGUUGAGCUCUGAGUUGUAGGUUUGAAUCAGGUCUGUUAGCAUGAGAUCAAGAUCAGGGUCUUCAGGGUUUAAGAAAGAUAUUUCGGUAUUGACAAGGGUUGUUUUGCUGCUUGAGAGUCAGCUCUGACGUUUUUUUCUGCAAGUCUUGGUGCAGAUUAUCAGUGUCAAUGUUGGAAUCCAGCCUUCCUGUGCCCAUUCUUGUAUUACUAACAUUGUCAGCACUGACAAACCCCCCACAUGGAAAGCCACCGAGACGGACAGUGUUGCUGCUCAUAUAGCCAUUUUUACGAUGGCUCCCUCUUUUUUUUUUUUUUUCUUUUAUUAACCCAUGUUCCUUAAGUUGCAUAUUGCACUGAGAUUUCUCUGCCUUGUUUUAGCAUAGCGUGCGAUCAAAAUACUCUGACUCAAUCCAGGAUACAGAAGCCUGUGAUAAAGAUAAAGUAAAGAAUGUGCUUGAAGCUACUGUAUUAACUCAAAAUGAUAAAGAAUACAGUGCCUAUAAAAAGUACUCACCCCCCCAGAUGUUUUACCCUUUUAUUGAUUUUAUAACUCAACCAUGGUCAAUAUGAUUUGGCUUUUUGAAAGAACAAAUACAAAAAUCUCUUUCAUG